AAGUAUGCACUGGUUUUUCUUUUGCUGUCGAUGGUUUUCCUGAUGGCCCGUCCUGCAGAGAGCAUUCGUCCUCGUCCUCCUCCCCGUCCCCGUCCUCGUCCUCUUCUUCCUUCUCUUCCUCAAACUCGUCCUCAAGGAUACCCCUUCUAUGCAGACUUCAGGUUGAGAGGAGUCGGUUUCCAAGGAGACGAGGACCAGCAGGACCAGCAGGACCAGCAGGACCAGCAGGACCAACAGGACCAACAGGACCAGCAGGACCAGCAGGACCAGCAGGACCAGCAGGACCAACGCCUGCUGCAAUUAAACUUUGAACAAGAACGUCUUGAUUAGACAAUCAGAUUGUUUUGCAAACCACAAAAUAAUCUGAUGAUGAAUAAUAUAUUAAGUUCAUUGGUUUUGUCUGAAAUUGCUGGAAGGUGAAUAAAUUCAGAAUAACAUCGCACAAACUUCUAUUUCUUUGGUUACUAUUUUACACUUAAUUAUGUCAGUGUAAAACAUCAGUUUUCAAAGAGUUUACACAUAUUGACAUGAAACAUUUUAUCUUAGAGCAUUUUCAGGUGUUUUCCAUUAGCAUAUAAAGAUCCAUAAACCUAGUUUGGUUAGUCAGUGAUUGUGUGUUUGAUUCCUGAA